AUGCCAAACACCAGCGCGGGGAGAAAACACGCGGCCGGUUCCGGGAACGUAGGAGGAGGAGGAGGUGGUGGCGAUCAGUCGGACGGUGGUUCAGGCCAGAAGUCACAGCAGCGAUCCAAGGUCGCUAGGGUUCCCGACGACAUCGACAAAAAGGUUUGUAACGCCCGCUCGAUUUCAACAGACGAUUUGAGGGAAAAGUUUAGUCAUCACUGAUGAGGAGCGUUUCAGGCGUGGCCUAGUCACUGUCUGGGGCGAUUCCGAAAGAAUAGGUAAUUUGAACGUUGAAUUGCCUGCGUUUAGCUGCACAGUUCGUAUUGUCUCGGCGAAUGAAGCGUAUUUAGCUUUCAUCUUCGUUAUUGCUUAGGGUAUACACUAUUCUUAGACGAUGGCAUUUGGUGCGGUAACUGGGAUCCAUUGGGCUUCCUAACCUGUCCUCUGUGUGUGUGCUCGCUGUGGGGUGUGGGGGUGAACGGACCACGCUUUUUCUGUGAGAAGCGUAAGCAUGUUCCUCGCAUUCUAGGGACAUGGUGCAGGCGACUCCAGGACAAACGCUAUCCUCUGCAUCAGCUUCUCUGUGACUGAGCUUCGUGGUGAAGUUAAUUGUACAGGAAUUGGGUCUCCACCCACUGUCUUACAAACAUCUUGGAGCUUGAAUCACCGUUAUUGUCCUGAAACCCUAGAAAGAGAUAGAAGGAGGUGAACCACAGCGUCUAAGAAAUCAAUUUGUAUCAAGAUUUAUUACAACUGAGAGUUGCCAGCUUUACAAUACUGCACGCUUGUCCCAUCUAUUUCCUAUGAUCUUCUAAAACCUUUAGCCCCCUUGAAAGUCUGUAUCGUGUGUUAAAAAAACUGACUACGAGUAAGCGUAGCAUAGCCAAAUGGCAUUUUUCGCCUCUUCUCACUUUGUUAUUGUUGGAAACUAUUUUUUUCAGGAGUCCCAUAGUUAAAUUGGUUUAUCUGGGAAUUUCGUAUCUAUGCCUAAACUUUGCAUUUAUCAGUGUGUUUUGAUGUUCUGCAGGAGUUUUAGAGGUGGUAAGUUCUCCAGAUAUAAAAGCAAGAACUUUGACCAUUUAUUACUGUUCCUCAUCAACUUUGCAAUGCUGCAUCUCUCUAUAAUAAAUAUAUUUGCUAUGUUAGUUUUCAAACUCUUCUUAAUGGCUGCAAGAAAAUUACUUACGUUGGAUUUCGGGAACUGCAUGAGAAUAAUUUGGGGACAAAUAGGGGCACAGUAACCAACAUCACCUAGAUAAUUGUGUAACUUAGUAUUUGACUCAGGUAUUGGGUGCUUCAUUUGUUGAAGGUAAAAAUUGCAAGUUGUGGAUUUGUUUGUGCCUUGACUUUUACUUCAUUGACAAAACCACUUCUAGUUUAUGUUCUAACAGAACUUUCUUGACUUGUUCUUGUAGUUUCGUAGGUGAUCACUUUUAUUGAAUGAUCCUGAAUGACUAAAAGGUCAAUCCAGUUCACCAGACUUGUAGUUUUUCUUUUUUGGCUUGAAUGAGAAUGUGUACAAAACACAAGCCUCACAUCGUGAUUCUUUUAGAAUUUGGGGCUAAUAUGAUUCACCCUAGUUUAGGUCACAGAUGGGUGACAGGAAUGGAAUCGUUUGAUAAGAAUCCAUAAGUAUCCAAGUACCAAUACAUGUUGUUACAGUAUGGUCCUUGAUAUCAAGCUAUUUAGGAAUACUUCAAAAUGAUAAAAAAAUCAAGUAUAUCUAGAAGAUGGUUCAAAUUUCAAUUCCGAAGUGACCAAAUUCUCCUUCUACGUCAACCUAUUUACCUGGCCUUUGACUUAUACUGCCCAUGAAACUAUUUACUGGCCUUUGCCUCAAUCUUUGUUUCAUUAUAGUACCAUGAUAUUGACUGGCAGUACCUUUUUUUUAAAAAUUUCUAGGGCCAGAUAAAAAGGCUAAAGGAUGUGGAAAUCAGCAUUCCUAUUGUGUAUGGAACUAUGUCUUUUUGGCUGGGCAAGAAGGCGACUGAGUAAGCAGUAGCCUUUCGUUCUCUUCAAACUUCCCACUGGCUCCAUGUAAUAAUCUCUCUAUUGCUCUCUGCUAGGUACAACUCCCACAGAUGGACUGUGUACAUUCGUGGGGCAACAAAUGAAGAUCUUAGUUCGGUAGUAAAGCGUGCUGUUUUUCAGCUGCAUCCCAGUUUUGACAAUCCCACAAGGAUUGUGGAGUCUGCUCCUUUCGAAGUAUCAGAAUCUGGGUGGGGGGAAUUCGAGAUUGCUAUUACUCUAUUUUUCCAUAGCGAUGUUUGUGACAGACAGUUGGAGCUGUAAGUUAUCUAUCACCUAUCAUCUGUCUUGCUGUAGAUCCAUGGAGCUUGUUUGACCUUUAUCUGCUGACUAUUUUGCUUUUUCCAAAAUUUUCAGGUAUCACCAGCUGAAGUUGUAUCCAGAGGAGGAAUCUGGAGCCCAGUCAACGAAAAAGCCUGUGGUUGUGGAAACUUAUGAUGAGAUUGUUUUCUCUGAUCCUUCUGAAGCAUUUGUUGCCCGAAUCCAGAAUCAUCCUAUAGCCAUUGUACCCCGACUUCCUACUGGUCUUACCUUACCUCCUGGUAUAUUUCCUUAUUUUACUAUCCCUUUUACUUUCAUAUUCUCUUGUAGAUAUUUAUUGGGGUAUUCACUUGAUCACUGUAGGCCCCAUUGAAAACUCUAGUGAAAAGAAAAGAGGUGACACCAAAGAUCAUCCUUUUAGUCAGUGGUUCAUGAAUUUCUCUGAAGCAGAUGAGCUGCUAAAACUCGCCGCUGCCCGUCAACAAGUUAGUAUUUUCUUUCAUUUUCUCUUCCCUGUUUGAUUCCUGACUGCGAACAUGAAAAUCUUACACCUUCCAGAGGAUUCACAGUAUGUUAUGGAUUUUUUUUUGACGAAAUUUCUGUCUCCAUAAUGUUGCAAUAAUAAAAAAAAUCGGUAACUUUCAAUUCCUUUCCCUUUCACCCAAACCCUUCCAUCUUGAUUUAAUGAGAUUCUGCGUCGCCUUGUAAAAGGUUCCAGCGUCUCUCUGAAGAAGGAAGUUGUAAUUCUUCAUUUUUUCUGUUAUUGUUAAGAUUCAUCUCUGCAUUUUAUAACUUCCUGUCGUCGCUUUAGUUCCUUCUGUGAGCUCACAUGAAGUGGUUCCCUCUGGCCUCUACAACUGCAUUACCUUUGAACCUAUGAUAACUCAUUUUUAUUUCGCAUUUAGAUCAUUCCAAACACGUAGCUUGAUGGAGCUUAUACACUUCGAAGGCUUGACUAGUUCUUCUAACUCUAGCAUCCCCUCAGCAAAAAAAAUUGACUGCCCACGAUGAUGACUUUUUGGCUGUUAUUGAUGAUAUAUUUGUGAAACAUGCAUGAUAUAUCUACAUGAGUGGUCAUUUUUUGUGGGGAUUAUAUACCCAUGGUUUCAUCUGUGCGUGGGUUUGUCUCUAGGCUGAAUUCCGAGUUGGUAGAAUCCUGUGCAUUUAUCCCAUAUUUGUCCUUUUUUUCUUCGGUGGUGGUUUCCUUGGGAAUCCUGUAGGUGGAAGCUGUCCCCACUUCUAAAUUGUCCUCGUUGUAGAAGGGUGACAAGGACUCCAUGUACAGGUCCGUGCAACAUCCAUUCCAUAAAGCAUUCUUGUUCUGGAAUGACGUUGUUGUGCCAUCUCUUUCACCAACUCUUUAUCACACCAAGGCGGAGAUUUUCUUUUCUUCUUCUUCUUCUUCUUCUUCUUCUUCUUCUUCUUCUUCUUCUUCUUCUUCUUCUUCCUUAUCAUGUUGGUCCCCGACGAAGCUGUGAAUGAUUCGAUUUAAAGACUUUUGGCCUGGGCAAUUCAUUAAAUGAGACGAGUGUUCUUCCCAACCGCAUCAGAAAGACUGAAAUGGUUUCGGGCUUCUCCGGCGUCACUUGACUUGUAUGGACGAUCACAUGAAUCAUGAGAACUAGAGGAAUGCUGGCUACUUAUCUUUCGAGGAGGACGGAAAAAGAGGGGAAGUUAGUUUAUUGAAAAUUUUCGCCAAUGUUUUACAGGUCCAGGCGCAUAUAGUUAAGCUCAGGCGGCAGCUGAGCAUGAUCGAUGGCCCGCCCCAGCAGGUCAAGGCCCCAUCUGGUCAGUAG